AUGCAAUCAAAGACAUUAGCCAAAGUAUGUAGCGCCUCUAAAAUUAAACUUCCUCCUUUAGUUCUCGAAGAAAUUGAAGAAAAAAUCGAAAAACCAGUUCAAGAAGAAGAAAAAAGCCCAGAUCCAGAUUACGGAGACUACGAAUCCGCAAGAAUGGAGAACAAAAAUCUCAAAGCUACUCGAAACUUACAACUUCCUCGUCUUCCUCAAAUUCCUAAGGCUGGUGACCCAUCAUUUAAGAAUAUUAUGAUGAAAAAGAUCGAGCUCUGCAAGCAGAUGUGUGAUUUUGAUAAUCCAAAUAACGAUAAAGACGCUAAAAUUAUCAAAGCAAACGCAUUGCAAGAAAUCUCCAAUAGGUUCUCGAAUCUUGGUAUUAAUUCAUAUAUAGACGAAGAUAUAAGAGUGAAUCUUGUUCAAAUGAUCAAAACAAACCUCAUUAGACCGCUAUCAAAACUUGAUGACAUUUCACUUUUCUUUUCUGACAUUAAUUCUUUUCAUUUAGAAGAUUUUCAACAUACACAACAUAUAUACAAAAUAUUAACCUUCUUUUUCAGAGAUUUCCCGAAAUAUGAGAUUUUUGACAUCAAAUUCAUGAAAGAAUUGAUACCUGUUUUAUCAUCCAGAGACAUAAGAGAAAGGGAUAUGAUCAUCGCUUUUAUGGUAAGUUUAAUACAAGCGAAAAAUAACCUUUUUAAUCAGAUUUUGCCAAGCUUAAUCAAGAUUAUCGAUCAUCACUUCGUGGAUAUUGAUCCAUGCGGAGUUUAUUCUGCCCUCGGCAUAAUGAAAGGCGUAAUCAAAGAAAUCCCGUCAUUUUGGCGCGUAAUUCAACCGAUGUUCCAAACUCAUCUUCUCAAUUUACUCAGAUAUGAUUGUUUGAGAGUUUACGCGGACCCACUUUCGGAAAUUUUUUCUUUGUUUUAUAAUAACAACUCUAUUUACUCAAAGAACACUAUAGAGCUAUUGGUAAGUAUCUGGCCAGUCAGUAAUCCUUCCAAAGAAGAAAUUAUGAUCAAUAUCCUUUCUUCCGCCUUAGAUUUCCCUGAAGCAAUAAAUAAUGCGUUACUUUGCCAUAUCGUUGACAUUGUUGCAAUAUCGAUUGACUCGCCAUCACAUAAGAUUGCUGAAGCAGCUAAUAGAUUGUUCGUACAACCAUCAUUUACUGAAUUAGUCUCAAAGAACCGAAAAACUUUUACAGUUAAGCUAUUACCUCAUGUUGAGAACGCAAGAACACAUUGGAAUGAGAAGAUUAGAUCACUCGGAAACGAAUCAAAUCUCGCUAUUUUGAGAAUGAAUCCAAAUAUUAAAUCAAAGAAGAUCCAAGAUGCGACGACAGAUACGAAUAAGACAAAACUAAAGGGAUGGGCAAGUAUUGCAAGAGCUGCGGCCACAAAAGACAAGACAAUUAACUUAUCUGACAAACUUGGAGAAUUUUCAAAGGUUUACGGGUCUGGAGGUGUUGGAAAUGGCUUGAUUUCGACACCUUUGCAGUUGAAUUUCUUCCCAAUCAGAUCUAUCGAAAGCCAACCUCAGAUCAUGAUCCCAAAUUUUCGUUCAACUUCUCAAAUGAUGAUAAGGGUAAACUGA